GCAAGAUUAUAGCAACCAGAAACAAUCAGUGAGCAUACAUUAACUACAAUAUCACUAGACCUCAAGCCACGAGCAAAUUCAUCAUGGAGAGAAUAAUUUACGACCACGCCCAAGAGAAUCCGGAUGCUGUCGCCGUCGAAGACGAACAAAUGUCCCUGACCUACGCCGAGCUUCUCGGAGAAGCAGGUCAUCUGGCGUACGAGCUAGGAGACCUUGACAUUGACGAGCCUGUGGGUAUCGUGCUAGGCCCUGGUAUCGACCAGGUUGUUGCCCAGCUGGCGGUGCGCUUGGCUGGUGGAACCUGUGUCCCACUUGAGCCAUCAAUCCCAGAAAAGCGCAUCAAGGACCUUUUGGCAGAAAUCGAGGUCAAGACUAUCUUGAUUGACGAGGACUCCUCGCUGGCUUGGCCACACCGAAAGCUCAUCCAGAUUCCGAAAGUGACCGGCGGAAAGACGCUCGAUGAGAAGCUUCCCAAAGGGUUCAAGGACCCGUCCAAACGCAGCCACAUUCUCUUCACGUCUGGAUCGACUGGAAAACCCAAACCGGUUCAGAUCCUCGCCGACGCCAUCCUGCAUCUUGCCAACAAAACACCAACCACCCCCUUGCUAAAGAGUGACCGUGUUGCGGAAUUCAACAACCCGGGAUUUGACCUGAGCUUGUAUGAAAUCUGGGUAACCUUGAUCUCAGGUGCUACUGUGGUCGCUAUCCCGCGAGACUCGGCCAUCAGCGCGGAUGCAUUGGCUGAGAUGGUCUCAAAACACCGGCUGACUGUGAUGAUCAUCACGACUGCCCUAUUUACUAUCACUAGUACUCAAGACCCAACAGCAUUUUCGACUCUGCGACAUGUCAUUACCGCAGGGGAUGUGGCAAAUGUACGAGCCAUGAGAGAUGUGCUGCAGAAAGGCGCUCCUGAGCAUCUUUGGAAUGCCUAUGGGCCAACCGAGUGUGCGACUCUGGCUACUAUGCAGGAAAUCACACUUGAAGAAACCGGCAGAGACCGCAUUGGCAUCGGUAAGGCAGUGGGGGACUUGGAGCUCGUCUUACUUGACGAAGAUCAACAGCCCGUGCAUGAGAGCGGCAAGCAAGGAGAGAUCCACCUUGGCGGACCACAAUUGACGCCCGGAUACUUGAACCGUGAAGAGCAUAACGAAGAGCGGUUUGUGGAUUUGAGCAGAGAGGAUUUGGGCCUUGGCGAAGGCACGGUGCGUCUGUACAAAACUGGAGACUUGGCUGAGUGGCGCGACCAUAGCGAUUGCCUGGAUUUCAUUGGCCGGGCCGACUCCCAGGUCAAGCAUGAAGGCUUUCGGGUUGAGCUUGGCGAGAUUGAGCGAGCGCUCAUGUCUCACGAUGCGGUUCACUCGGCAGUUCUUAUUCAUCAGCCACCUUUGACAGAGGAAGAAGGCCAUGUCUUGGUUGCCUUUGUGUCGGCUAAAGAUCUGGACGAGGAAUCGCUCAUGGACUACGCUCGAGAGCACCUUCCCCAUUACAUGGUUCCCAACGCUAUUGAGUUCUUGAGCGAUUUUCCACUGACGCCUAAUGGCAAAGUGGACCGUAAGACUUUGACCCAGCAGCGUCUAGAUGCCUUGCAGGAGAAGAAAAAGGAGGCUAAGACCGACAGCACAGCCCCAAACGGUGAAGUGCCAUAUGACAAAGCAGGAAAACUUCGGAGUCUCUGGACAAACCUGUUACAUCUUUCCGAAGAGGUAUCUGAUGAUGACGACUUCUUCUCUCUGGGCGCCAGCUCACUGCAGGCUGCCUCGUUGAUUAGCCAGAUGCGCCAGGCAUUUGACGUUCAGGUUUCGAUGCACGAUCUCCACGGCCACUCUCAAUUCAACCAGAUGCGGGAUUUGAUCCAGCCUAGCGAGCCUCGACAAAACAAGGCACCUGACGAUACGCGGGUAUGGAAGCAAGAUGUCCUUCUUGUUGACGACAUUGACAUGGUGCCUCGAUGGGAGGCCGAGGGCGAGGGUCAUGUGUUCAUCACCGGUGUGACCGGGUUUGUGGGUGCGCACCUUCUGUCUAACUUGAUGCAGCGACCAGGAGUGAAGCAGAUUGCAUGCCUCGCGCGUAGCAGGAAAGACGUUAGUGCCUGGGCUCGGGUUCAGCAGGCUCUUGAGCGAUACGAUGUCUGGCCUGACAAGCUUGAAUUUACGCAAAAGAUCAUCGUACUUGAAGGCGACCUCACUGAUUGGCAUCUUGGCCUCGGACAGGACAAGUUCACGUGGCUUUCAAACUGGGCAUCAGUGGUCUUCCACCUUGGAGCCAAGGUCAACUUUUGCGAGUCAUACCGAGAGCACCGCACGACAAACGUCGUUGGCACAAGGAACAUUCUUCACCUCGCUGCCGCAGGUCGACGUAAGAGCUUUCAUUACGUAUCUAGUAUUGAUGUCUGGGGGCCGACAGGGAACAUCCUGGGAACAGAAGAGAUCUACGAGGACGAUCCCCUUCAGCCACACAUUCAGGGCCUUCGGUAUGACCUGGGUUAUGCGCAGAGCCAGUGGACAGCAGAGGCGAUGGUGCGCCGGAUGAGGGACCGUGGCUUGCCGGUGGCCAUCUACCGGCCAGGUUUUGUUGUUGGUCACAGCCAGACAGGAGCCAUGAACCCUGAUGAUUUCGUGGCCCGCCUAUUGAUAGGUUCCAUCAAAGUCGGUGCCUUUCCCCGAGUGGCCGAUCAACGUCUGGAGUACGUGACAAUCGACUACGUGGUUGACGCAAUGAUGGCUAUUGCGACCCGCAAUGAGAAUUUGGGUCGCUCGUACAGUCUGCUGUCACCGGAUGUCAGCAAAUCUGUCACGGUCGAACAAACCUGCGACGUGCUCAAGGAGGCAGGCUAUCCCCUCGAACUCCUCGAUUUUGAACAGUGGGUUGAGAGGGUGACCCACAGCGAUGCAGACGGAUUAUUGACGCCGUUAAUGCCAUUGUUCCAGGAGCGAGUGUUAGGGCAGUUAACGCGAUGGGAAGCUAGCCAGUACAGUCCGGUUUAUCGAUGCGACAAUGCACUUAAGGCUCUCAGUGACAAGCCAGAGAUCAAGUUUCGACCAUUUGACGCGCACCUGUUGAAGAGGUUUAUUUCUUUCUGGGACCGGAAGGGGUUUCAUCAUGUUUGA